CGCAAUAAAAAUAAAUGCCAAUGCGUGUGACACCACGUCACGCCUACUUGUUGCAAAUAAGAAAUAAAGCGCCACCCAUCGUAUUCGGGGAGUAUAUAUCUUUAAGCGCUCUCUUGAUAUCCAUCCUUUUAAAAGCUGAUCUGGUAGUGGCGAUAACUGUAGCCGUAGGGAUUCCAACGCAAUAAUACAGCAUGGUAAAAAUUGGUUUACCCUGGCUGUUGCUGGUUCUAAUGAAACUGACUAACCGAGAAAUCAAGUCCGAUGAGAUUAUAUCAAUACAGGAAGUGUAUGAUAUAUGCCAAGCAGAACCUAACACCGACAUAUGCGAUCUACUGGAAAAAUCUUCGAGUUUAGUUGACCUAAACAAAUUGGAUUCACCAGAAAAACGCCGACAGAAGACAGUAUUCUCCAGUUGGGGUGGAAAAAGACAAAGCACUUAUCCAUAUGGGGGGAAACGUCCAGCGUUUUCCAGUUGGGGAGGAAAACGAGCUUCGGACAAACACGGUCGACCCAAACAAACAUUUUCUAGUUGGGGCGGAAAAAGAAGUGAUUAUGAUGGUUACGAUAAUGGAGAAAUGGAUGAACACCAAAUGGAUAAAAGGGAACUUAACGGGAUUAAACAAGAUAAAAACAAUUAUAGAAAUAAAAUGACCAAAGGAAUCCAUGCAUUGUUUACUAUUUUUUCCGACUGGUCAAGGGAUCCAGAAGAAAAGAAAGGAAUUCGAUACGCUGGUAUUAAAAGUAUGAGGAGAAGUUCCGAUUUUUUUCCAUGGGGUGGAAAACGAUUUACCGGUGAUGCUAAAUAAAUAUGUUUUUCUUUAUAGUUGAUGAUAGGCGCAUUCAAUUUUGUCAAAUUUUACUAUAAAAACAAAGAUAAUUUAAUCCUAAUUUUACUUAAGUGACGAUAAGCUUACUUAGGUAGUAUUAAAUUGGUAGAAACGUAUAUGUAUUAUCAAAAUAAACAUAUUUGUGAUUAGA